AAAGGAUCCUCUCGCCGAAGAGAGUUCGAAUCAGAACCGGAAAAGAGGUUCGCCGCGCACCGCUGCCUUUGCUGAGACGCUCGGCUUCUUCGGGCUCCCGAUUUCUCCCCGGGAGGAAGCUGCGAAGUCUUGUUGGCGGUCUUGUUUUUUUUCCCUAGUGGUGGGGCGAGAAGAGCAGCCGGUUCGUGGCUGCUGGAGGGAAAGUUGAGCUAAGUUGCGAGAGGAGGGGAUUGCCCCCGGUUUCUGCCAGCUGCUGCCAGCUACGAGGGUGCAGGGACGCCUUUCGCAACCCAGGCAUCAUCAUCAUCAUCACCUGGACACGAACGCGCGUAAAAGUCGAGCUUUUGCAGCGGGAGGUGUUGGAGGUUGUUGCUUAGCCAACUUCUGAACGGAACCUGGCGAGAGAGUCCAUCUUGUGCUUAUCAGAAAGCUGGUUUUAGCAAAAGAUUCACAGACGGGUAGUAAGGAAGGUUUAAGGGAUGGAGACCCUGAGUGUGCAGGUGAACAUGUCCAUGGAGGAAGAGACCAUGGAGGACCCGGAGCUGAAGAUGCAGAAACAGAGUACUUCACUGGUCAAACUCUGGUCAGACCUGGAGGCAAUGAAAGCCUCCUCUGGCAUGGUUCCUCUCCAACAGGUGAAAUGCAAACCCGAAGAGGGACUGCAAGAUUGCUGGGAAGCCCAGUGGCAGGAGUUCCUCAGGAGCCUGCAGGGUCCUCGCUCAGAGAGGGCCCAUGCUGAGACAGUAGAGGAGCCCACGCAUUGGGUCAACACGAAGGCCUUCCUAACUUCCUUUGAGCAAGUUGCAUCCACCUGCAAAUGGCCCCAGGACCAAUGGGUGACUCUUCUUGUGCCAGGACUCAGGCAAGAAGCCAAGGAGGCCUUCAACAGCCUUAGCAGCCAAGAAAGAGGAGACUAUGGGAAGGUGAAGGCAGCCAUCUUGCGAGGGGAGGCCCUGGCCAGGGAGAAACAGCGCCGGGAUUUCCGGCAGUUUUGCUACCAGGAGACCGAGGGGCCCAGGGCUGUUUACAGGCAUCUCCAGGAACUUUGCUGGCAGUGGUUGAAGGCUGAGAGGUGCUCAAAGGAGGAGAUCCUGGAGCUUCUGGUCCUGGAGCAGUUCCUGAGCAUCCUACCUCCAGAGAUGCAGAGCUGGGUCAGAGCUCACGGCCCUGAGUCUUGCACUGGGGCUGUACUCUUGGCUGAGGAGUUUCUGUCGAAGCGGAGCUUGGUGAAACAGGAGGAAGAGAGUCCGGGUCCUUUGAGGAUGGCGGCAAUUGAGGAGCCUUCCCAGGGAAGCCAAUUUCUACCACUAGGUUCAUGGGGAUGGCAGCUGUCCAAGGAGAUGAAGCUGGACAUUGAGAAAGAAAUGAGUUCAUUCGGUGACAAUCACAGACAGAUGAACCAAGACAACCAUCUUCGUCAGAGCAUUUCUGAGGUACCAGAAAAUGAGAUAUUGAAAAGAGACAUCAUACCCUCCCAGCAUUGCAAGGAGGAAGUGAGGCCUAAGAACCAGGAGGACCCAGAAACAGAAUGGAAUUCCCCAAAAAGAAGCUUGGACGAAGUUGUUUCUGUCGGUAAAAGUGAUUCUGAUCCAGAAGAAGCCAAGACCGGCCAUAAAAUCCACCAGUGUCACUGUGGCAAACGUUUCCAAUGGAGCUCCAAUUUUCGGGUACACGAAAGAAUUCACACCGGAGAGAAGCCGUAUACGUGUACGGAAUGCAGCAUUCCUUUUCGUAAAUCUGCCCAACUAAAGGCCCACACAGGAAUUCAUACCGGCGAAGUUCCCUUUCGGUGUCCCACGUGCCAGAAAACUUUUACCAGCAGCUCCAACCUCAUCACCCACAAGAGGAUUCAUACCGGAGAGAAGCCGUACCGAUGCACGUACUGCGAGAAGAGCUUCCGGCAAAAGGGGACUCUCACCAUCCAUGAAAAAAUCCACAUGGACGAGAAGCCUUUCAAAUGCUUGACGUGCGGGAAGACUUUCCGCCAGAAGGGAACCCUGAGCGUCCACGAAAAAAUCCACUUGGGGGAGAAGCCCUACAGAUGUCCCAGCUGUGGGAAGAAUUUCCGCACUGCGGCCGUCCUGAGGGUUCACGAAAGGAUCCACACCGGGGUGAAACCGUAUCAGUGCUCUGUGUGCCUGAAGAGCUUCACCGACGGGUCAAACCUCAUCACCCACGAGCGAAUUCACACCGGAGUGAAACCAUAUCAGUGCGCACGCUGUGGGAAGACCUUUUGUCAGAAAUCCGGCCUGAUGACACAUGAACGCAUUCAUACAGGGGUGAAUCCAUACAGGCGCUCAACCGAUCAGAAUCAUUUAGAGGGAAGAUCAGAUCUCAACACCCAUCAGGGAGCAAAGCUGGGAGAGAGAUCAUAGACCAGAGAUCUUCAUACUUGGCAGCUUUAAGACUUGUGGACUUCAACUCCCAGAAAGCUGGCUGGAGAAUUCUGGGAGUUGAAGUCCACAAGUCUUAAAGCUGUUAAGUUUGAAGACCUCUGUCAUAGACAAACAGGUAAUCCUCAUCUUACAACGGUACGUUUAGGGACCGUUCAAAGUUACAAUGGCACUGGAAAAAAGUGACUUAGGACCGUUUUUCACACCGUUGGCCACAUCCCCGUGGUCAUGUGAUCAAAAUUGGAACUCUUGACAACUGCACACACGGCUGCAGUGUCCCAGGAUCACGUGAUCGCCUUUUGCAACCUUUUGACAAGCAAAGUCAACGGGGAAUCCAGUUUCACUUUAACAACUGUGUUAACCGAACAACUGCUGCGAUUCACGUAACAAAAGAGAUGUAAUAUGGGACGAAACUCACUUUUAUUGUCUUGCUUAGCAACAGAAAUGUUGGGCUCAAUUGGGUUGUAAGUCGAGGACGCCUGUACUAUGAUCAGGACAAUCCUUAAUUGAAGGUGAGGAAAAAGGUUUAGUUAGAAUAUCUUUGUCUCCGUGGCCUUUCAUACUUGAUAUGUAUGUCACGACUGGAAUUGCGGAUACUUUCACCAACUGCUUAUUCUCUUACUGGACCUUAACGUUUCUCACAUCAAAUAUAGAUCACAUAGUUAACUUUCAAUUAAAAAAAUAAUAAGUACAGAUAGUCUUUAACUUACAACCAGUGGUGGGAUUCAGCCAGUUCGCACCACUUCGGGAGAACCGGUUGUUAACUUUCUGAGCAGUUUGGCAAACUGGUUGUUGGAAGAAAUCAUUAGGGCAGAGAACCGGUUGUUAAAUUACUUGAAUCCCACCACUGCUUGCAACCAUUUGUUUAGCCUGUUGAAAGUUAGAACAGCCCAUUUGUAAGGAUUGCCUCUCCUCCUAACUUAAGGAAGUGAAGACUCUUGAAACAGGAGUAUUUCAAAAAGAACCUUUUAUUAAGCAGACGUGACAGCAAUGGAUUCAAAGCAGCGUCUGAAUACCCUUAGGCAAGACAAGUAGAAUUAAAGCAGUAGAGACCCCUCCCCUUAGCCAGAAUGCAAAUUUAGCCAAUCCACAGGUGUGAAGAUGUUAUUUUACCAGCUGCCCUGAGAACCGAAUAAGCAUAUAUUCCCAUGGUUAUCUUAAGUUGGCUAUCAAAGUGAAAUAACACACAUGGCCAUCCCUUCUAUACAUUCCCCAAGAUGUGAGAAGAUCUCAGGGCGCUUCGGCGCCAGGAUACAAGUUAUAAAAUACCAGUUUUCACAGGCAAUACUAAUGAAUCGAAUCCAAGCCCCCCUUCCCCCUUCACCCAAUUGAAUGGCAGCAUCACUUUUAGGGAUCUGACACUACUAAGUAUUGGAUCUAUUUGAUUAUUAGAAGGAUAGAUUCUCUCAUCUGGAAUACCUGUUUUAUUUAAUACAAUAUUUUUGUUGAAUAAGGAUGGGAAAGUUCAUAGUUAUUUGUAGACUCGUUAUGUAAGGGAAGGAGAACCUACUAUUUAAAAAAUUUUUUACAGGUAGUCCUCGACUUAUGGCCACAAUUGAGCUCAAAAUUUCUGUUGUUAAGUGAGACAUUGGUUCAGUGAGUUUUGCCCUUUUUUACGACCUUUUUUUUUUAAUUUGAUUUAUAUGCCGCCCUUCUCCAGAGACCUUUCUUGCCACAGUUUUUUAUUAAUUUUUUUAUUUAUUUUUAUAUGCCGCCCUUCUCCAGAGACUCAGGGUGGCUUACAAUGCGUUAAGCAAUAGCCUUCAUACUUUUGUAUAUUUUAUACAAAGUCAGCUUAUUGCCCCCACAAACCGGGUCCUCAUUUUACCCACCUUAGAAAGGAUGGAAGGCUGAGUCGACCUUGAGCCUGGUGACAAUUGAACUCGCAGUAAUUGCAGGCAACUGGAUGUUAAAUGCUGCCUUAGUAGGAGGCAUUAGCCUCCUACGCCACUCAGGCUCCUUGUUAAGUGAAUUACUGCACAGUUGAUAAACUAGUAACUAGUUGUUAAGUAAAUCUGGCUUCCCCAUUGACUUGGCUUGUCAGAAGGUCGCAAAAUGGGAUCCCAUGAUCCUGGGACACUGCAGCUGUCAUAAAUCAGUUGCCAAGCAUUCGGAUUUUGAUCAUGUGGCCAUGGGAAUGCUGCAGUGGUCCUAAGUGUGAAAAAUGGUCCUAAGUCACAUUUUUCAGUGUCGAACGGUUACCACAUUGUAAGUCUAGGACUACCUUUUUUUAUCAACAGCCAAUCAGGAUGGAUGGAUUCUUUUUGUUUUUUUAAAAUUAGAUAUAUUAAACAUUUGGUUUUUUUAUCCCCUCUUUCUUUUGUACACAAAUAAUUUUUUUUCUCUUUUUUUUUUUCCAUUGUUAAUGUUGAAUGUUUGUUUUUCUAUUUUGUAUUUUACUUUAGUGGAUAAACGAAAAUAAAUACAAGAGUGAAUGUUA